GGGUAAUAGCGCUAAAUUAAAACAUGCAGAAUUUAGGAUAAGCAGAUCGACUGUUAAUAAAAUAGUGAGUGAGACUUGUCAGGCAAUUUGGACAGUGUUACAACCAAUUGUUUUGAAACCUUCUAGUAAAGAAGACUGGAAAUCCAUAAGUGAAGAGUUCAUGGAAAAAUGGCAGUUUCCAAACUGCCUAGGAGCACUAGAUGGGCGUCAUAUGAGAAUUUAGGCCCCGCCCAAUUCUGGAUCAGCAUUCUAUAAUUACAAACAAUUUUUCAGUAUGGUAUUACUUGCCAUCUGCGAUGCAACAUACAAGUUUACAUGGAUUGAUAUUGGGCAAUAUGGUUCUAUAAGUGAUGGUGGAGUAUGGGCCAAUACUGAAUUUGCAAGUAAUCUAGCUGCAGGCAAUAUAUUCUUACCAGAUCCCACACUACUUCCAGGGACAAAUAUUCCUUUUCCCUUUGUUUUUAUUGGCGAUGAGGCUUUCCCAUUGUCAACACAUAUGAUGCGGCCCUAUCCGCGUAAAAAGCUGACUGAUGACAUGAGGAUCUUUAAUUAUCGCUUGUCACGUGCACGGCGCACAAUAGAGAAUACUUUUGGCAUUUUGACUGCGUGAUGGCGUAUCUUACACAAACCUCUUUGUAUGUCAACAACUAACUGCGAAAAUUUGUUGAAAAACCUCCUCUGCCUACACAAUUUUAUUAUGCUUGGGGAAGAACAGGAAAAUAUGAACAAUCGUCGAUAUUGUACAACACAUUUAAUUGAUAUGGAGGAAGAAGAUGGUAGCAUUAGAGAAGGACAAUGGAGGAGACAUUUUUCUCCAUACUUUGUAGAAGUCGGCCGAAUGGGUGCUAACCGUGCAGAUUCUGUGUAGCGAAGGAAAUGAGAAAUACUCUUAAAAAA